GCUACACAGAACGCGUGUCGAUUUCGACGCGAGCCGGCUUUACGCGAGCACUUACGAUAAACAGUUCUACGUUUGGCACAACCCUUUUUGCUGUAUUUUGGACUCCAUCAAGUGAAUUAUAGUGCAUGCACGAUACUAUUGGAUGAACAUCAUUCAUCACCGAUACAUCCUGAAAGCGAAUCUGAAAGUUUUCAACGUGUUCAGGUACUUACAAAUUACCAAAGCAGUAACUUCGUCUAUGGACGAGUGAAGGAUUCUUGUACCUACUGGAGGCUGUCUCUGUAAACCUUUUCAAAGUUAAAACGAUCCACAUCUAAAGGAAGCAUGCUCACAAGGUUGCUGACUCUGGCCUUGGUGGCGGGGAGCUGGCAUGCCGCUGAUGCUUGCACCUGCUCCCUUGACCAUCCACAAACACAUUUUUGCAACAGCGAUUUUGUAAUCGUGGGUCGAGUACAAAAAAUAUUUAGAGGAGGUGAUUUCUACCACUCGUACAAAGUGAAAAUCCGAAAUAUAUUCAAAGCAACACCAAAAGCUGCAUUAGCACUCAAAGCGGGUCGCCUACUCACACCAUCGCACGAUUCAUUAUGCGGGGUCACACUUCAGCCUAGAGAGACCUAUGUUAUAACAGGUCACGUUGUCCAACUGCAGGCCCACAUACAGCUCUGUUCGUACGUCAACAAAUGGCGCGAAGUCACUCCGCGACAGAGAAAAGGAUUUAGAUUGCUAUAUAAACAAGGCUGCACGUGCAAGGUUCACAUGAACAGACGCAGUACAAAGUCGCCGAACACUUGCGUGACGGGCCGCGUCGCGACCGAAUGCUACGAGCGACACGGCAUUUGCCUGCACGACCGCGAGCGACGCUGCCGAUGGACGAGGGCCCCAGCUCUAACGAGAUGUCUGCAGAAGCAACAUUUCAACAGCACCAUGACUUGAUUCAUCAACGACACGAUCCAAACUAAAUGUUACUCGUAAUAAACAUUUUGUAUAUCUCGACUCGACUCCAUUGAAAUUCCGGUUACCUUAUAAUUGUUACUACUAAUUUAUAGAAACACUAUAAGUUACUAAGCCAAAAUCUUCAUCCUAACAUCUUGUAGGUUUAAAUGUUAUAAAUUCGUACCAGGACUAAACGAUAGUAUUUAUAUUUUAUGAUUGGUAGCAAGAUUGUUUAAAGGAUUAAAGUUCUGGCUAGUCAAGGAGAUAUCUAUUGUAUAACUAAUUCACUUAAUUCGGUGAACAUUUGGCAGCAAGUGUGUGGCUAUGACUAUUUCUAUGUGAGAAUGACGCGAUUCGACGAAAUUAUGUAAGACUUUAUAGUGACGAAUUUACUGAAAAUCAUUACCAAUUGUUAUAGAAUAUUGUUUUGGAAAUAUAUUUUUAGCGGUUCCAAAUUGUUGUUUUGUAUGAAUUGGAUGGAAGAAAAUUUGACGUUACUUUAUAUUAUUUAUUUUAAGUUAUAUUUAUAGAUAAGUUAAAUAUUGUAAAUUAACAAAAGUAGUUAUUUAAGUGAAUUACAAUAAAGACUUUAAAAAACCAAGAA